CAGGUAUUUAAGUUUGAGCUAUUUGGUUUGGUUUGAUUUAUUCUUGCUAUCUGUCUGUCUUGAAUCCAUAUCUAUCAUCCACUCGACUUCGACUUCAACUCUACUGCAUCCCCUCCCGCCUACUACUCCACAACCUCUUCUUCCAACCCUCCUAUCCAGACCGCGCCAAGAGGAAUCGCACCAGCAUGGCCCCAGACCUCAGCGCAAAAACCAUCCCCUUGUAUCAAAAACACGGCCAUCUCUACACACACUCUACAACCCUAACAUCCCUAUCCCGCUUAUCCAGCCUCCCGCCCGAAACCCAAGCCCUGUUCAAAAAAGCGCCAGAAGCAGAGGGAGAGGCCUACGUGGUUGUUACGCCGGAGACCAUUUUCCACGCGCAGGGCGGCGGGCAGCCGAGCGAUGUUGGGACGAUUACUGGGGCGAGGGCGAGUGCCGAGGGGGAGGAGCAGGAGGGCACGUUCCGCGUGCUCCAGGUGCGUAGGGUAGACGCUGCGAUCUUGCACAUGGGCGUGUUCUCACCCUCGCCUACCCACACAACCCUCUCGCCCAACGCACCGCUCGUGCAAAACCUCCAUGUGCCCAGCAGACUCCUGCACUCGCGCCUGCACACCGCAGGCCACUUGCUCGGGCUCGCCAUCAACCUGCUCGCCACCUCAGGCAUCCUGCCCUCCGAUCUGAAAGACGGCAAGGCGUCGCACUACCCCGGCGCCGCGUUCGUCGAAUUCUCCAGCCCCUCGGGGGCUGUCAUCGCGGGGGACAAGAAGGCUGUGAUACAGGCGAAGGUGGAUGAGCUGAUCGCCGAGGAUCUCGACGUGCGGAUUCACUUUUGGAGCAGGCAGCAGGCAGAGCGGAAGUGUAUUGGGGGGGUUGAGGGGACAGCGGUGGGGGAGGGGGAGGAGGUUAGGGUUGUGGAGAUUGGGGAGGGAGGGUGUUAUGCGUGUGGCGGGACGCAUGUUAAACGGUUGGGGGAGCUGGGGAGGGUGGUGGUUAGGGGGGUGAAGAGGCAGAGGGGGGUUAGUAAGGUGGGGUAUGAGGUUUUAGAUGGGUGA